GGAGGUUGCAGCCAUUGCACCGCCGAGCAUCACACAUUCAACAGGAGGACCCCGCGGGAGGCGAGCCCGGAGCCCCGCGCCGCAGCCGCCGCAGCCCGUGCGCCCCGCGACCCCGCGCACCAUGGCCAAGGAAGGCGUGGAGAAGGCGAAGGGGACGGAGCAAAUGAUCGAGAAGGAGGCAGGCAAGGAGCCGGCGGAGGGCGGCGGCGGCGGCUCUCACCGCCUCGGGGACGCCCAGGAGAUGCGCGCUGUGGUGCUGGCCGGCUUCGGGGGGCUCAACAAGCUGCGGGUCACCAGGAAGGCCAUGCCCGAGCCGCAGGACGGCGAGCUCAAGAUCCGCGUCAAAGCCUGUGGUUUAAACUUCCUGGACUUGAUGGUGCGACAAGGGAAUAUCGACAACCCUCCCAAGACUCCCCUGGUGCCAGGGUUCGAGUGCUCUGGGAUUGUUGAAGCUCUGGGGGACAGCGUGAAAGGAUACGAGAUUGGGGACCGUGUGAUGGCAUUUGUCAAUUACAAUGCCUGGGCAGAGGUGGUCUGCACACCAGUGGAAUUUGUCUACAAGAUCCCCGAUGACAUGAGCUUCUCUGAGGCUGCUGCAUUCCCCAUGAACUUCGUCACAGCCUACAUGAUGCUCUUCGAAGUCGCCAACCUCCGGGAGGGGAUGUGCGUGCUCGUGCACUCGGCUGGCGGCGGUGUGGGCCAAGCUGUGGCUCAGCUGUGCUCCACUAUCCCCAAUGUGACUGUCUUUGGAACAGCUUCCACUUUCAAGCAUGAAGCCAUCAAAGACUCUGUGACUCACCUCUUUGACAGAAAUGCAGACUAUGUGCAAGAAGUGAAAAGAAUUUCUGCUGAAGGAGUGGACAUUGUUUUGGAUUGCCUCUGUGGGGACAAUACUGGGAAAGGUCUCAGCCUUCUCAAACCACUGGGAACCUACAUUUUAUAUGGUUCAUCCAAUAUGGUGACUGGAGAGACCAAGAGCUUCUUUAGCUUUGCAAAAUCAUGGUGGCAGGUCGAGAAAGUGAACCCCAUCAAGCUGUACGAAGAGAACAAGGUCAUCGCGGGGUUUUCCCUUUUAAAUCUGCUCUUCAAGCAGGGCCGUGCAGGCCUCAUUCGAGGAGUGGUGAACAAGCUCGUCGGGCUCUACAACCAGAAGAAGAUCAAGCCCGUGGUGGAUUCCAUAUGGGCCCUGGAGGAGGUGAAGGAAGCCAUGCAGCGGAUCCAUGACCGGGGGAACAUUGGCAAGUUAAUUCUGGACGUAGAGAAGACCCCGACUCCACUGAUGGCCAAUGACAGCACAGAGACGAGUGAGGCGGGAGAAGAGGAGGAGGACCACGAGGGCGACAGCGAGAACAAGGAGCGGAUGCCCUUCAUCCAGUAACCCAGGACCCAGGCGGGAGACUGUGAAGGAUGGUUUGGAAGAAGGGGAGCCAGUGGAGAAAGCUCUUCUGCGCCCCAGUGAACAAAUGCUGUAGUCCAGUGUGUGUCGUGUUUGUCUGCCGUCAGCUGAGCUAAAAAGCUGUUGAUCGCUGUUGUUUUUGAACUUAAGUGCCAAUCCCACUACAUGCAGUAUAUGUCCCUCCCCAGUCUCUGUAUUACACUCUCUCCUUUCCCCUAUUCCCAAAUCAUCCAUCUUUGGGUCCUUCUUGACACUUCUAGAACAGCCUUGCAAAUUCGUACAAGCCCGCAGGCCCAAAGCCCAGUGGGCAAAGACAAGUUUGGAUUGAAAGGUGUUAUCACAAAGCACUAUUCAGAUUCUACAAUUCUUCAGGCCAGUGACACUUCUUGCUGCCAGCCACCCAAGCUCCUGAAAAUAGCCCUUGCCAAUCCAUCCGGCAGAAAGAGGGUAGGCCAGGAGACGUUUCAUGAACCUAUAAAUCUAGAAUGUCUCCAAAUAGUACUUUCCCUCUUCCCAUUUAAGACGCAAACGUCCUAAUAUUCAUUCAUUUGUUCAGUGGUCAAAAGGUUGAAUCACUCUCCUCUUAGCCUCUGAUGCUCAGACCCUCCAGUGGUUCUUAACCAGAAACAAAGGGAAAUAGAUGUGGAUUUUUCAGAAUAGAAGAUGGGUCAACAGCAUGAGUUUGAUGAGCAGCCAUAGAGAUUUCCCCUCUGAAACCACGUGUCAUGAGCGAACCCUCCCCCUGCAACAUAUAUUUUAAUUUGAUGAGAACUCACCACCUGUGGGACUAUGUUAGAAAUCAUUACUGAGGCUCACCUAUUUUUCUUUUUCCAUACUUGCCAUGGGCAUUACUGAUUUUGCUAUUUUCGUUUACUGGUGGUGAGGUGCCACCUUUACCCCCAAGGAAGUCCUCCCUUAUAGACCCUAUUUGGAAAUGAGCACUCAAUGUGUAUCUGUUUUCUUGCCAAAACAUGUUCCAGCAUGUAACAAACUCUACUGAUGCAAAAGAUUGAUGUUCAGUAUCUGAUGCCAAAUACGCAGUUCCUCUUUGAAAUGUAAAUGAUGGUGCAGACUCUUUGCAAGGCCCCUGCUUUUCUGGGAACCAGGGACCAGACUACUUGACUGCAUACCCUCGUCCAAUUUUUCAGCUUCUAAACUCCUGUGAAACCCUACCCCUGUCCACAAACCCCAGUUGACUCGGCUUGAGGAGAGCAAUUCCCCUGCAGGAAGAGAAGGAGGCUCAGUAUCUCCACAGGGGGCUCCUCAUUCCCUCCUCAAGAUCCUAAGGGCCCCAGGGUUGAUGGCAUCACUCACAAACCAAGCUGGAGACCAGAGGAGCUGACAAGAUUAGCGCCUAGACAUGCUUAGCGAUCUGGAAGACGCUGACGGUGUUUUCACGUUGCUCCGUCCCCCAGCGCGCCGUACGGUGGACCCAACUCCUCCUCAAAGCGACGGGAAUGAUUACAUUUCAGCAAUUACCUGUUUCAUUUCCCAAAUCCUUCUGUAACAAAUGCCACCUCAUUAAUCGUUCUUUUUUCCUAUCUUAAGCUUGUGAUUAUGACUUAUUUAUGCCAAAUAUUUAUCUGAAGGGAGUUACUCCUCACGGUGAAUGUGCGUGUAGAAUGUGAAGGCCAGAAAGGGUGCUACCAUCUCAUGGGCAGAAAGAUGAGACGAUCUCAAAAGGAGACACCAGUGUCAUCUCUUCUUAUCCCAGGACUCACCAAUGUUGCAGUUCUGGGCCACUUGGAAAGGUAAUGCAGAGGUUUUAUCCCCCCAACAUGUUCGCUAAAAGCUGUAUUACUGGUGAUGUUUCUCCCAUAACCAAGCUAACAAUGAGGUUUUAAGAACUGCUACCCAAGGGACAUUUCUGGUGAGCUGGACAGAAAUGGCAUGUUCUAGGGCUGGCCAUGCCAGGGGGCUCUCCUCUGCCAGGGGAGUGGGAAUUCUAACACUCAGAAUCCAGAUGUUAUGUCCAGAGGAGAAGCAGAAGUCAUUCUUCCCCAAAUCCGUUUUGCCUAUUGGCAGGGUUACUUCGACAAUCCCAAAUUGUCCCAGUUGGUUAGUGAAAACCCUUUUGUCUCCUCAGAAUAUGGAAUGAGAAGAGAAAAUUAGAGUUUGAUCCACUUAUGCUAUAAAGAAUAGGAAAAAAAUGAAAUAUCAAAAUUAAUUGUUUAAUGCACUCAUUUUAAGGACCUUCUUUCCUAUCCUGUGAUUGUUUUUCUGAAGGAAAUAUAAAGAAUGUCUCAGUUUGCCUUAAAGGAACUGUGAAGGCUUCUCUGUAAUUUAAGCUUGGUUGGAGUGAACUGAAACAUUGUCUAAUGUAUUUGUGGCUUUAGAGCUUUUGUUAUAUUGUGCCUACAAAGCAAAUUAUGUUUACAUAAAAAAUAUAAAUAAAGUAUUCAGCAUA